AUGUCUCCUAUUAUUACCAUUAACGACUUGCUCCGCAUCUUCAACAAGCUCGACAUGAACCGCGAUGGCCUCAUUUGUCUACACGACCUCAACUGGCUCCUCGACAAGAUCGGCGUCGAGCUAACCAUGGAGGACUUGCACUCAUUUCUAGAGAAACCAAGCCUCGACUUCAACGAGUUCUUGUUCUUUUAUGAAUCGAUAUCGAAGCAAAACAAAGGCGAGUGCAAGGGAGGUGUGAGCCAUGUCAACGCAAGAGAGGAAGAUAUCGACAUUGUAUAUAUGGCGUUUAAAGUGUUCGAUAUGAAUGAUGAUGGGUUCAUUUCUUGUGAGGAGCUCCAACUUGUGUUGUCAAGACUAGAGCUUUGGGAUGUAAACAUUGAUUGUAAAAGUAUGAUCCGAGCUUAUGAUACCAAUUUGGAUGGGAUGCUCGAUUUCGAGGAGUUUAAGAACAUGAUGUCGUUGACAAGUUCUUGA